UCGCCAGGGCGGUAGUAUAUAGCAAAUACGGUAAACCCGAAGAAGUUUUACGCGUGAUAUCACAUAAACUACCGCCUCUAACAUCGAACACUCUUCAUCUACGUUUUCUUGCCUCACCAAUUACCCAAUCAGAUAUCCAACAAAUAGAGGGCACCUUUUUGAUAAAGCCUAAAUUUACAAAAACAUUGGGUAGCUUAAAAUUCAAGGAUGAGGUGGCAAUCGGUGGAAAUGAAGGGGUUGCGGAGGUGAUAGCUGUUGGUAAAAACGUUAAGAACAUUAAAAUUGGAGAUAAGGUCGUCAUGUCAAAAAUUGGGUUUGGUACGUGGAGAACGUAUGCAGAGGCGACGGAAGAUGAUAUUUUGCGAUUACCCAUCAGCAUCGGCACAUAUCAGGCCGCCACAUUGAGAUCGAAUAUAUUCUGCGCAUAUCGGUUGCUAAAAGAUUAUGCGCAUUUAAAAAAAGGUGAUUUUAUUGUCCAGAAUGGAGCCAACGGUGGAGUUGGUCGGGCCGUCAUUCAGCUCGCAAAAGCAUGGGGCAUAAAAACAAUUAACAUAAUAAGAGACAGGCCCAUUAGUGGUAGAAGCGAAGUAGAAACUCAGCUGGCGAUGCUAGGAGCAAAUUAUGUCAUAGAAGAAUUCGAAUGGCCAUCUCAAAAUACAUUGUAUCGUUGGACUGGCGACCCGACGGGUAAAAACGUCUCACUGGCUUUAAAUACCAUGGGUGGACAAAGCAUACUCAUGAUGUCACACAUAUUAAGAGACGAAAGUCAAAUGGUAACGUAUGGAACAUUUCCCAAAAUUACCUCACUCUCAAUUCCAAAAAUAGAAAUUUCCACGGAUUCCUUGAUGGUCCAAGAGAUAGUUUAUCGGGGAUUUUGGUUACCCAAGUGGUUACAAACACAUUCCAGAGAAGAAAAAGUAAAGAUGUUGAAUGAUGUAAUCCACCUUGUCAAGGAAGGGAAAUUGAAUGACGUACCACACAGUGUUAUAGAUUGGGGUGACGUGGAAGAUGAUGAGGAAAAAUUAAAAGACGAAUUAUUGAAGAUGUUUGAGCACGUCGGCGUAGAAUUUACGGGAAGGAAACAGGUUAUCAGAUUUCAGACGUAG